UAUCCCUUCUCUAACAUAGACGAAAUCGAUUAAAUAUCGUAUAUUUGCAGAUAAUAGACUUUCGGCAAUAUGGCUGUCACUUUUAUGGCUCAUAUUUAAUUGGCUGGUGGGUUUUUUUUACUCUCCUUUCCCUUUUGGCAUGAGUCCCUUUGAGUCAUCCAUUACACUCUUACCCUAGGAGUGAGUCACGUGAUCAUCGAUCGAGCGCUUUUGCUCGCGGCGAUUUUCGGCUCGAACCUUAUAUUAUUUUUAUGCGAGCGUGCGUGUUACGUCAUUCGAUUGCGUUAAAUCGAGUGUUAUGAGUCAUUAACUAUAGUCGCGCUAUCGAUUACCCUGCCGUUACUAGAAGUGACGCGUAACGCCACGCUCACUUUGACAUCCGAACGCAAACGCGCCGAGUUCUUCGAAUAACGUGACCUUGACUGUACGGAGAGAGGUGUUGACCUCGAGUUAUACCGACUGCUUAUAACAGAAUGGAAUGUAAACGUUCGACAUACUCCGCCUGAAAUCCGUCGCCCUCUUGUUGUUUAUCUAAAAGAUGGGAGGUCGAGCAAGUAGACAGAAGGCGGACAUCACUGCACCCCCCACCAAAGAGAGCAAGAAGCUCAAACGAAGAAAGAGCAAAAAGGAAAGCAUAACUGCAAACGGAGAUUCUGGAAUCGAAGAAGUCUCUAUUCAGAACACUGAAACGGAUUCUAUAGUUAAACCAGAUGAGAUAAAACCUGAAGAGGCUAACGAAGCUAAGAAAACAGAAGCGGCACCCCCGCCAGAUACUCCUGUUGAGCAAAAGUCUGAUACGAGCAAUAAAGAAAAUGCUUCUCCCAAUUUAACAGAACAAAAUCAAACGCAGACAAAACCACAAGAAAUUCCAGCUGAAGUACAAAAGGAAGUGGUUACCAAUGAAGAACCAAAAGCUGCUCAACCUGCAGUUGCAGAGAAUGCUCCUUCUCAAGAACCACCACCUGAACCUAGUGUUGCUACACCAAAAGAACAACCUGCACCUGUUCCAGAAACACCAAAAGAGGAAGCAAAAGUGGCACCGGACGCACCAAAACAAGAAGAACCAACUGUUAUUCCAGCUGAAGCUCCAAAAGCAGAAGAGCCACCAUCUGUUCCUCUUUCAUCCCCAGAGACUCCCAAAUUAACAGAACAACCACCUUCAUCUCCUGAAGCAACUAAAGUAGAAGAGCAAACUCCAGCCCCACCAUCAGAACAACCAAAACCUGAACCUGUACAAGUGCCUGAAGUAUCCAAAGAACAACAAGAAGUUACUGAAGCACCUAAAUUAGAAGAACCAGCACCUGCUGAACCACCUAAAACAGAAGUAAGCACUCAAGAACCAGCAAAAGAAGAAAAAGUGGCAGAACCAGUGGUACAACAAUCACAAGAGAAGCCUGUAGAAGUACAGGAACAACCUCCUGUUCCUACUCCAGUGAUAGAAGAACCAAAGAAAGAGCAAGAUGCAAUUACAGAAUCUCCAAAAGAACAAGAGAAAGUAAUUCCACAAAUUAAAGAACAGCCACCAACUCCCAUUCUAGAGUCACCCAAAUCUCCAGAAACUGCACCGCCCACUGAGGUGCCAAAAGAAGAAAAUAUAGCUCCACCAGUUUCUGAAGCUCCAAAAGAACAAGCACCAGCACCAGCAGUUGAAAUGGCACCAAAAGAAGAACAACCUACUGUAGAAUCUCCUAAAGAACAACUUGUCAAUGGUGUUCCCGAACAGACAGUCGCACCACCUGAAGUGAGUUCUCCCCAGAAUGUUUCAGAACAGGUUAAACCAGAAUGUGUUAAAGAAGAAAGCACGAUAGAACCUGCAAAAACUGUUGCCGAAGAAGCUAAAACGGACAAUGUAGCAAAUAGUGAACAUGUUAAUGCAAUUCCAGCGGUCCCUGCAGAAAGCAAACCCAAUAGUGAAGUUGUAGAGAAAAGCCCUAGUGAACCUGUAGCUGAAUCUCAACCUAAAUCAGCAGCUGCAAAGAUUCUAACAACUUUCACUUGGGAACAUGGAGGAAAGGAAGUUACUUUAUGUGGAACUUUUACUAAUUGGACAGAACAGUUAACUCUAACAGAAAAAGAUAAUGUCUUCUGUACUACAUAUGAUGUUCCAGAAGGGGAACACUAUUUCCAGUAUUGUGUAGAUGGUGUUAAAACUAUUAAUAAUUCACUGCAAAAGACUGAAAUCCAGGAUCACGGUGAAGUCAAUGUCAUUGCCAUCAAAGCAAGUGCAGAAUGAAGAAUGCAAUCAGAUAUGCAACUUGCAUUUUCCUUUGAGGAUUAUUUGAUUAAAUAUCCAAAUAAAAACAAUUGGAAUAUUUAAUCAAACCACAGACUGAAUUUUUGUACAUUGGCACACAAUUCUUCAUGUUAAAAAGUAGUUGUGUGUAAAUUAGUGUAGUGUUAUUUGAUCAAUAUCAUGUUCGGACUUUUCCAGGGCAGUUAUUACACAGUACGAGAGAGACUUUUCCGUUUUUGGUGGUUUAGAAUAAAGACUAGUGAAAAUGUGAGUUCCUGUUCUUCGGAAGACGGAUGUCAUAGUAGAUAUAUGGAAUCCGUCUUUGUGUCUAUGAAGACUUGGUUUUUUCUUCCGUUUGACGUAAAAAAAUCUUAAGAUUUUUUUUGCUCACAAUGAUUUUGUAAUGAGUGGGUGCCUUAAUUUACUGUUUCCCCACUGAUUUUUAUAAUCAAGUGUUAUGAACUCUUUUAUAUUUUGAUAAUUCUGCUAACAAUGGGUGAGAAAUGUAUUGGCUUCUGUUUCAAAUUUAGAUUUAUAAAUGAGCUUUAAAUCAUA